GUAGAAAGAAGGUCCAUCUAUUGGGUGAGUAUCUUUGAGAAAUCUUUUUUGUGUCGUCAUUGAUAAAAGAAGUUAUUAUUCGUAGUAAAAGAAGCAAAUCUGUCUAUCUUAUCUCCCACUAGAAGUAAUGGAGCAUCACAACACAAAAAUUCAAGCAAAAAUGUGCCCUCCUCAUGUACUUCUCUUCCCUCUUCCAAUACAAAGCCCUAUCAACUCCAUGCUUCAACUUGCCGAGCUUUUUUGCCUUGCAGGUUUACAAGUUACUUUCCUCAAUACGAAUCACAAUCAACAGCUUCUCUACCGUCACACCAACGUCGAAUCCAGAUUCAGGCAAUAUCCUAAAUUUCAAUUCCGGACUAUUUCCGAUGGUCUUCCCGACGAUCAUCCCCGCUCCUUUCCUAUGUUUGAAGACCUUAUUAAUUCCUUGCAAGCUGUGGCAGAGCCUUCCCUUAGAGAAAUAGUAACAGAAUCCGGUGUCACGUGUGUGAUACCUGAUGGAUUAUUUUAUUAUGCAGUGGAUAUUUGUAAUGAGGUUGGAGUUUCUGUUAUUUCCUUUGAUACUAUUAGUCCUUGUUGCCUCUGGGUUUAUCUCUGUUUCCCCAAACUCAUUCAAACGGGAGAUAUUCCCUUUAAAGGAAAUGAUUUGGACAUGUUGAUAGAAAAUGUACCUGGCAUGGAAGAUCUUCUACGGCGUCGAGAUUUUCCAUUCUAUCGCCUCACGAAUUGUGCAACGGACCUCUAUUGCCAACUUGCUCUCAAGGAAAUCCAAAGUAUACCUCGAUCCCAUGGACUCAUAUUAAAUACAUUUGAAGAUUUGGACGGUCCAUUACUCUCUAACAUUCGCUCUCAUUGUCCACAAACGUAUGCGGUUGGGCCGCUACACUUGCAACUCAAAACUAGGCUUGCUGAUAAAACAAUGUCCUCUUCAAAUAGUUUGUGGGAAGAAGAUCACAGUUCAAUUCAAUGGCUUGAUGCACAGCCCAUAGAAUCAGUAAUCUAUGUAAGUUUUGGAAGUCUUGCAACUUUGACAAAGGAGGAAAUGUUGGAGUUUUGGCAUGGACUAGUAAAUAGCGGAAUCAGAUUUUUGUGGGUCAUGAGGUCCGACUUAUUGAGGGAAGAAGAGUUUAGCCACCAAUUUGUUAAGGAGCUAACGGAUGGUUGCGAAGAAAGAGCUUACAUUGUGAGUUGGGCUCCACAAGAGAAAGUACUAUCCCACCCAGCUAUCGGUGGAUUUUUAACUCACAGUGGAUGGAACUCGACUAUGGAAAGUAUUGUUGAAAGAAAGCCCAUGAUCUGUUGGGCUGUUUACGUGGACCAACGAGUCACAAGUAGAUUUGUGAGUGAGGUGUGGAAAAUUGGGUUGGACAUGAAAGAUAUUUGUGACAGAGACAAUAUUGAGAAGGUGGUGAAAGAUUUAAUGGUAACAAAUAAGGAGAAAUUGAAGAAAUCAGUUGACAAGUUAUCUAUGUUGGCAGAAAUUAGUGUUGGAGAAGGAGGUUCAUCGUACAAUGCUUUUGAAUAUCUCGUCGAUGACAUUAAAAAGUUAGGCAGAAGAGACAAGGAUAUCAACCCUAACUGCAUAAGAUAAACAGGGUAAUACUACCAAUCAUUAUUUUGUAGUCAAAGAUUAUAUUUUUUUCUUGUUCUUUUACCGGAUACUGCAAGUUAUUCAUACAGGUACACUAGAUGAGAUAAAGCCUGCGUUAGCAUGGGUCGAGCUCAAUGUUAGUGUAUAAAAUUGUAUUUUUUUGCCUUUCAAAUAGGUUCCUCUUUAAAAAUUGAAGUCAUGUCUGAUAUAGUUUUUCAUGCUCAAGUAGAAACUAGUAUGUUACAUUAGAAUCUGAUAGAAGGACUAGGCAGUCAGUCUCUUCAUUGUCUUUCUCCUUUCCCUGUUAUGAUAGUGAUGCAAAUACACCUUGUAUAAACUAGUAUGUUGCAACUUUAAAUGCACGUUUGGGAGGAUACCUCUCACCCUUUCCUAUUCUUGUUUCAAUAGACUCAUUCCAUGGGGUGUGAUUGUUUGAAACUAGUCCCAUUAUCCUGUUGUUGGCUGUUCUUGCACAACUUCAACUCCGUGGCAACUUGCUGAGACUGCUUCUUGUCUGGUGUCUCACUUUUGCUGGAACUUCAAAUAUUAAGACAUCGCUGUGCUUUGGACUUUGGAAUAGCUCUAACACACUGUUUAUGAAGGCCACCCCGCCUCCAGAGGAUAGAUACUGCGUUUUCCAUGUGGCUUAGCCUUCUUUAAAAGAAAAUCCACCACUUGAUAUUCAUUGUAGUUGUUCUUUUAUGUUUUGCUCCUUAUAGCACUUCUAGCUUUGAUUUAUGCCUUACAAUUCCUGCUGCUGAAUGUUUAGUAAAGUUCCCAGACAUAAAAUUGCAGAAACUUAGCAGAGAGGAAAAAGUUUUUGUUGUAUAUAGCAUACCUUAAAAUUUCUAUUAUUCAACAACGUAAAUUGAUGCUUUUCUAUUCA